GAGCAAGGCCACCGGCAGCCCGUGUUCAAUCGCCACUGCAUGAAUCGUCAUUCGUAAUUUAUAUGGCCACGAAAGACUUCUGGUUUUCUGCUUGAGAUGUUUCAAGUGCGUGAUAAAAGUUUCCGCCUCUCUUGUUCUGAGAUAAGUGAGCCCUGCCGGAUGCACAAUCUUCCGACCCGUCCAGUAUGCGUUGUAGCUGCAUAGGGGGUGAAUCUUCUUGGUCUCCGGCGGUUUUAGGAUUCGUAUCUUCAAUUGCGAAGGAACACUGUUAUGAGAAUCAACGGUCAAUUGCAGAAAUCUAAAAUAUUUAUUGGAGCAGGAAUAAUUUGCUCAUUUCUGUUGAUAUUGUCGAACGUAUUAUGGAAAUUUAACAGACAUUAUUUUGAUUCAAAAGACAUUAUAAUCACAUUUACGGACAUAUUAAACCUGGAAACAUUUUCACAAAAAGUGGAAGAAAAUCUUGUACCAAAAAAUGACAGAAGACUAGAACUUUAUGACAAUGAUAUUGAAGGUGCUAACAUUGAUUAUUUUGAGAAAAAUAUUUGCAAAAAAAAUUCUUUUAUGAAUUAUAAAGUUUCUAAUCGAAAUUUUCUGGUCAAUUACCCUAAAAAAUUGUUGUAUUGUUGGAUACAUAAAGUGGCCUCAACUACUGUCACAUCUCUUUUCAGUUCUUUAGCAGGACGUUAUGUAAAGAAAAAUUAUUACAGAGAAAUUAACAUUUUAGCAGCAAAGAGUCAUGAAGAAUUGGAAAACAUUAUUCACAACACAUCUUUCAUAAAGUUUUUGGUGGUUCGACACCCAUUUGAGCGACUUGUUUCAGCUUUUCGAGAUCGCAUUGCAGAUAAUUCUCGAUUCACAACACAGGCAUGGCUGUAUGGACCUAGAAUAUUAGCCAAGAGGAGAUUAAACUACACAGAAAUGUUUGAUACAAAUAAUGGCUUUGUUUUGAAGAUUAUUCCAACUUUUCAAGAAUUUAUAACAUGGUUGAUAUCUACACCACCAACUAAGUAUGAUGUUCAUUGGAUACGUUACAAUGAUCACUGCUUACCUUGUAAGAUUCAUUACAAUGUAAUCAUCAAAUUAGAGUCAGCUUUAAAUGGAGAAGAAGGAUUCAAGAAUGUCACUAAAUUAAAGAAAUUAAAGUUAUUCUCUAAACACCUUCAAAAGACAGGAGUAAUUAAACAUUCAAGAUAUGGGUGUUGUGCUCAUGGACAGUAUCCUACCUUGUGCAACCCACAAUUCAUAUUAGCACAGCAACUGCCUAAAGUUAUGCUAGAAUUACUC